AUGGCGGCUUCGAAAGCGAUUCAAAGUCCUGCGGAAACACCUGCGAAAAGCCAUCAUUCGAUUCGUUCCCAGAGCCCAUUUGAAAACAAUGUUGACUGGUAUUUGAAAGCCAAAGCCGAGCAUUGUGAGAACGUUGAGCCAAAACAGAGGCCAUAUGCAACACAUACUCAUCCGGAACAUGUCGACGUACUUUCUCCAGAACACAGAGAAUACCUGAUGCAACGCCAUGGCACCUUGGAAUUAGAUCCUAUUCCAAGUAUAGGGGAUGCAGAUCCGUAUAACUGGUCAACUUGGAAGAAAACCAUGAAUCUCGCUCUCGUCGCCAUUCAUGCAUGUCUCUCCACUUUCACAGCCGCAGCUAUUAUCCCAGCUUUUGAACUCAUUGCCGAAGACCUUGGGAGAUCGCUUCAAGAUAUAAGUUAUCUUGUAUCUCUUCAAAUCGCCGUCCUCGGAGUUGCACCGCUUUUCUGGAAGCCUUUAUCGAAUCGCUACGGACGACGCCCCGUCUUUCUACUGUCUCUCAUUUGUAGCUCAGUGGGAAAUAUUGGCUGUGCGAAAAGUCCCAGCUAUGAGUCCAUGUCUGUGUGCAGAGCCAUCGUGGCAUUUUUUAUCAGUCCAGCUGCCGCCAUUGGUAGCGUCGUCGUAACUGAAACGUUCUUUAAGAAAGAGAGAGCCCGAUACAUGGGCAUCUGGACGUUGAUGGUUACCUUGGGCGUUCCGCUAUCGCCCUUUAUUUUUGGUUUUGUCGCCAACCACGCUGGCUACCGAUGGAUUUACUGGGUCUUGGCAAUUUUCAACGGCAUCCAGUUUGUCCUCUACAUCUUCUUUGGCCCCGAAACCCGCUACAUCCGCAACGGUGUCCCACGAUACGCCUCGGACUCCAAACAGGAAUACCUCACAUUUGGCCGCAUCGAUCCCCAGCCUUUCUCUAUGUGGGAAUUCAUUCAACCGCUUUUUCUUUUCAGGAAAAUCUGCAUCGCCGUACCCGCGGCCGCCUAUGCCAUGGUGUUCCUUUUUGGCUCUGUACUUAUCGCCGUCGAACUUCCACACCUCUUUGCCCAGAAGUUUCAUUUCAACGCUCAGCAGCUCGGCCUCCAAUUUCUCGGUAUCAUCAUCGGAUCUAUCAUCGGCGAGCAGCUCGGCGGUAUACUCUCAGACACUUGGAUGAGUCGUCGCGCUCGUAAGAUUGGUGGCCGGCCAAACCCUGAAUUUCGUCUCUGGCUCAGCUAUUCUGGUUAUCUCCUUGCGAUAUGCGGCCUGGUUGUCUUCCUCGUCCGAACCGAGCAAGCACCAAAUCUCCAAUGGAAUGUCACUCCCGUGAUUGGUAUUGCAAUUGCAGGUGCCGGUAAUCAGAUCGUCACAACCGUCCUCAUCACAUAUGCCGUCGAUUGCCAUCCCGAGGAAUCGGCGAGUAUUGGUGUUUUUGUCACGUUCGUCCGUCAAAUCUGGGGCUUCAUUGGCCCAUUUUGGUUCCCGGCUAUGUUCGAGAAUGUUGGUGUAGCGGCAAGUGCUGGCGUUGUAACUGCACUAAUCGUCGGCGUGAGUAUUCUUCCAACAAUGCUAGUGCAAUGGCGCGGUCCACCAUUCAGGAAGCGCAAUAAUGAGGAUGUGGCUGCUCCACCAAAGACAAAUGUUUCAGAGGCCUGA